AUGGGUUGCGGCAUGAGCACGGAGGAGAAGGAGGGCAAGGCCCGGAACGAGGAGAUCGAGAACCAGUUGAAGAAGGACCGCAUGCAACAGCGCAAUGAGAUCAAGGUGUUGCUUCUGGGUGCUGGUGAAUCCGGAAAGUCGACAAUCUUGAAGCAGAUGAAGCUCAUCAACGAAGGCGGCUACUCGCGCGACGAGCGCGAAUCCUUCAAAGAGAUCAUCUUUAGCAACACAGUUCAGUCGAUGCGCGUCAUCCUCGAGGCGAUGGAGUCCCUGGAGCUGCCACUGGCGGACUCUAGGAUGGAGUACCACGUCCAGACCAUCUUCAUGCAGCCGGCACAGAUCGAGGGGGAUGUGCUGCCGCCUGAGGUUGGCAACGCCAUCGAGGCGCUUUGGAAGGAUGCCGGUGUCCAGAGCUGCUUCAAGCGGUCCCGGGAGUACCAACUCAACGACUCAGCGAGAUACUACUUCGAUAAUAUCGCUCGUAUCGCUGCGCCGGACUACAUGCCAAACGACCAGGAUGUCCUACGGUCGCGUGUCAAGACCACUGGUAUCACGGAGACGACCUUCAUCAUCGGCGAGCUUACCUACCGCAUGUUCGAUGUUGGUGGCCAACGAUCUGAACGGAAGAAGUGGAUCCACUGCUUCGAGAACGUCACCACCAUCCUAUUCCUGGUCGCCAUCUCCGAGUACGACCAGCUUCUGUUUGAGGACGAAACGGUCAACCGUAUGCAGGAAGCCCUCACCCUCUUCGACUCGAUCUGCAACUCGAGGUGGUUCAUUAAGACGUCAAUCAUCCUCUUCCUCAACAAGAUCGACAGGUUUAAGGAGAAGCUUCCCGUCAGCCCGAUGAACAACUACUUCCCUGACUACGAGGGUGGCGACGACUACGGCGCGGCGUGCGACUACAUCCUGAACCGCUUCGUCAGCCUGAACCAGCACGAGAGCAAGCAGAUCUACACACACUUCACAUGUGCAACUGAUACAACACAAAUCCGCUUCGUCAUGGCGGCAGUGAAUGACAUUAUCAUUCAGGAAAACCUCCGUCUCUGCGGCCUCAUCUGA